UGUUUCUCAGUCUCUGACUAGAUUUUCAACAAGACGGUUAAAAAAAGAACAACAAAAAAGUGAACAAAGUAAAUAAAGAAAUUAAAGUGCUAAAACAACAACAUUAAGUUAAAAAAUAAAAAUAAAGAUUAAGUCGACAAAAUUAUAAAAAUAUCCAAAAUGAAGGUAACGCAGGACCAAGGAGUUGGUAAAAAAUCCAAGUCGGCUCGUAAAAGAGCUUCCCAAAGGAAGCAGAAGUCGACGCCCAAUCCAGAAGGUGCUAGCACCUCCCAGGAUUUGCCAAAGCAAUCGACCCAUGAUUUUACUGUGAUUCCGCAGUGGAACCCGGGUGGCAAUUCAGAUGCCCAUCAUAUCCCAAAAGGAACGAAGGACGACCCAUCGCCAUCAACGUCAAAGCAUUCAAGUUCCAACAAAAAAAGAUCACGUUCAUCGCGCAAAAAUCUAAAUACAGAAAAGUCGCAAGACGGAUCUCUUCAAUCUCAUGAUCAAUAUGGAUUGGCUAAAAAUGCUGGUCCACCACAGCGCCAAAUAGACCCAAAAAAAGAGAAAACGGAAAAGCAAGACCUCGAGUCACCUACUCCGGUGGUUUCCCGCAGGUCCAGAAAAAAGAAAAAUAAUGCCGGAUCGAUUUCGAGCACCCAAUCCAAUUUCUUUAAAGAGGUAGUGGAUGUUAACGUCCCUAACAAGUCCAGUAAGAAAGCGACCAAUGAGCCGAACUUGACGAUCAAAUUUAAUCCUCACAAGGCUAUCAAGAAGGAAGCAAAAAGCCCCCAGAAGGGCUUACAAACGUCCAGGAAGAAGGCUACCGAUUCAAACUCGUCGGUCAAUUGGAAUGCCAACAAGAAUGCCAAAAGUGAAGUGAAACCCUUUGAAUUACCUGUUCAAUGCGGCUCCCAAAAGCCUAAGAAGAUGGCUUCCAGUAAUGAGACAAACUCGAACAAAGUGGCUACCGCAGCUCCAUCAGCAACAAACUCACACACCAAAUUCCAUCCUAACCAGAUCGGAGUUAGGGGGCCGCCUACUCAUUUGGGGGGCCAAGGCAUGAGGAAAUUUGUUCCUGAGUUCAACAAUUGUUUCAACUUUAAUGCGAAAAAGAAUAUCGAACGGCAGGAUUGCCCCACCCACUGUCAACAACCGGAGAUAACUAACCAAUUUGAUCGAAAUAAAUGCAUUACCAGCCAAUGCGAUCCGAACCUGGUCAUUAAAGAGGAAGUUAAGGAAGAGUUAUCUAUCAAAGAGGAAAUUCAAGACCCAGAGACACCUCAUUAUAUUUCCAGCCAAUUCAAUCCCAACAUAACUAUCGAAGGGAAUGUUCAAGACCCAGAGUCAUCUUAUCAAUCUUCUCCCACUCAAUCCGAUACCAACCGUCCCAUUGAAAGUGAAAAUUGUGUCCCUAAUAUACCUCUUUGGUAUGACAGCCAAAAUUCCAAUAUAUUGCCCACUCGAAGUACGGAUGCGGACGACUCGUGGGCCAAUUUGAGUCUAAACAUGUUUGAUGUGGAACAAGUGGUGGACACCCAUGAGUUCUUCGCCGGUGACUCCACCGUAGGUAAUAAUUCGAUGACCAACGUUUGGGAGCUUACGUGUCAGGCCGGAGACCAAGCCAGGUGCUCAAAUCAAAACGCAUAUCAGCAGGCACAGAAUAACGACUCUGGCUUCGUAGAUCGGAAUAUGACAAGCCAGUAUGAUUUCGCAGACAAUCAAGACAGUCUGAGCUUCGAUGUCGUCUACGGUCAAUAUGCACAAUUUGGAUCCAAGAACGAAGCCAGUUACAACAGUGAGGAAGCCGCCAUGGAUGCGCGCUUUGAGGCUGAACUGGAUUCGUUAUUUGAAAGUUUGGAUACAGCACCAAUGCCCGAGCCGGAGAAGAAUGACCCACCCACAAAAACUGAGGCUGAAAUGGACGCUCGUCUGCAGGCGGAACUCGAUUCCUUACCGUUUAUUGAGGCACCUGUCGAGGCACUUGUCGAGCCACCUGUGGAGGCUGACAACUAUGUGGAUGACCUGAUUAGCACGUUUCUAAAUCCUGGACAGCAGGCAGAGCAACCAAGCAAUGCAGUGCCCAAUCAGGCACCUGUGGAGGCCGACAACUAUAUGGAUGACCUGUUUAGCACGUUUCUAAAUCUUGGACAGCAGGCAGAGCAGCCAAGUAAUGCAGUCCCCAAUCAGGUACUUCCCCUAAGCAAUGUGCCCACAGCUCCUACGACCGUUGCGCCGACCAAGAACCUCAAGGUGCUCAAUCCUGGAACUUUUCAGAAGACCGCUCAGCAGCCAAUGGCUAGAAAGCAGCAGCAGCGCCCCUUGUCUCAAGUACCGAUGGUCGCACAAGUAACUGGACUUCAGGGGCAGGUUGUGUCUCUGACCUAUACCACUGCCCCAGACGGGCUCGUCACCAGUGUGUCCGCUACAUCCCCAGAAACGCCACUUGCUCAGGAGCUGCAGAGUCUAACGGCCAGCCAAAUGCACCAGAUAUUGCAGAGUGCACAGCCCUAUUUGGCCCUGCCGAUGAUAGUGCCCGGUGGUCAGGAAGCGGGGGAGCUCGGGCUCAAGGAUGCAGCCGGUAUCGUCGCGCCAACUGGGCAGGCUGUCGAGGACGAGGAGGUCGACUACGAAGAAAUUGGAGUGGCCGACACCUUUGCGGAAUAUUGGCCCAGUAAGCUAAAGUUCGGAAUGUCUCAUCCGGAUCCAGUGGUGGAGACGGCGACGCUUUCCUCGGUGGAGCUGCCCGACAUCACCUAUGAGCUGGCAUUGAGCCCGAGAACCACCAGCUGCCUGAGUGCUCUUCAACUGGAGGCGGUAAUUUACGCCUGCCAGGCUCACGAGCAGAUCCUGCCCAGCGGUGAGCGUGCCGGCUUUUUGCUCGGCGACGGAGCCGGAGUGGGCAAGGGCAGGACCAUUGCCGGAAUUAUUUUCGACAACUAUAUGAAGGGAAGAAAGCGGGCCCUCUGGGUCUCUGUUUCCAAUGACUUAAAGUUUGAUGCCGAACGCGAUCUGCAUGACAUCGGAGCCGACGACAAGGUCAAGGUGGUGGCCAUCAACAGGUUCAAGUACAGCCGCAUAGACUCCGACGAAAACGAGAACUUCACGAAGGGAGUGAUAUUUUGCACAUACACAGCGCUCAUCGGCGAAUCCCAGACUUCCAACUCCAAGUACAAGACUCGACUGCGCCAGUUGGUUAGCUGGCUUGGCAAGAAGUUCGACGGGGUAAUAGUCUUUGACGAGUGCCACAAAGCCAAGAACCUAAGCCUGAUGAACGUGGGCAAGUCCACGAAGACUGGCACUACUGUGCUGGACCUGCAGAAGCUACUGCCACAGGCACGAGUGGUCUACGCCUCGGCCACGGGAGCCAGCGAGCCCAGGAACAUGGCCUAUAUGGUGCGGCUGGGUCUUUGGGGCCCUGGCACCGCCUACUCGGAGUUCUUCGAGUUCGUGAAUGCCGUGGAGAAGCGUGGCAUCGGAGCGAUGGAGAUCGUGGCCAUGGACAUGAAACUCAGGGGCACCUAUAUUGCGCGCCAGCUUAGCUUUAAGGACGUGACCUUUCGCAUUGAGGAGGUGCCCAUGUCAAGGGAGUCCAGAAAGACUUACAAUCUCGCCGCCGAGCUGUGGGCGGAAAUCAACAAGAAGUUCAUAAAAGCGUGUCGCCUGAUGUGCAUCGAAAACCGGGUGCAGAAGAUCAUCACUUGCCAGUUCUGGUGCGCUCAUCAGCGGUUCUUUAAGAACCUGUGCAUCGCCUCUAAGGUGAAUCACGUCGUCAGGAUGACGCGACAGGCCACGCGAAUGGGCAAGGCGGUGGUCAUUGGACUGCAGUCAACUGGAGAAUCGCGCACCCUCGAACACCUCGAGCGGCACAACGGCAGGCUGACCUCUUUUGUUUCCACCUCCAAGAUGAUCAUCCAAUCCUUCGUGGAGAAGCACUUUCCGGCACCCAAACGGGACUCUUUUCACCGUUUGCUCAACACGGGCGAGUUUGAGCCUGAGCCCCGAUACCGUCCGCCGCGAUCCAAGAAGGCCAAGAUGAGUGCCGACUGGUUCGACGACGACAUGGAUGCCGAGGCGGAAGAUAGCGAUAUCGAAAUGUACGAGAGCAACGAUGACGAUGACCGUCUCAAGGCGGGACGAAAGAGGCGAGGACGACCGCCCAAGACGGAAAAGGCUGAAAAGAUAACCAUGCAGGAGCGGAUUCUCCAGCAUCUGUGCAACAAUAUGCGAGCCCAGGACAACGAUAACGAUGCUACUUACACCUUCGACAACACAAAGAUGCAGAAGGCCAACAUCACCGAGCACGAUGUGGAGCGGUGCAUCAGGGCAAGAGAGAUGCUUUUGGACAAGAUUGAGGUCCUGGGUCGGCGCAUGCCCUCCAACACGCUAGACAAGCUCAUCUCGGAGUUGGGCGGCACCAAGCUGGUGGCCGAAAUGACCGGCCGCCGAGGCAGAGUGGUCCGCACGGAGUACGACGGCUUCAAGUACGAGCCGCGCUGUGAGAACGACACCUCAAUGGACCUGGUGAACUACCGGGAGAAGCAACGGUUCAUGGUCGGCGCCAAGCAUGUGGCCAUCAUCUCCGAGGCGGCCUCCAGCGGAAUUUCGCUGCAGAGCGACAAGCGUGUGUCCAAUCAGCGGCGACGCCUUCACAUCACCCUGGAGCUGCCGUGGAGCGCUGACCGAGCAAUCCAACAGUUCGGACGAACGCACCGCUCGAACCAGGUUAACUCGCCGGAGUACGUCUUUGUCAUCACGGACCUGGCCGGCGAACGUCGGUUUGCCUCCACGGUGGCCAAAAGGCUAGAGAGUCUGGGUGCCCUUACCCAGGGAGAUCGACGGGCCACCGACGCCCGUGACCUCUCGCAGUUCAACAUCGACAACAGCAUCGGGCGGAGCGCCCUCGAGAAUGUGAUGCAGCAGCUCACCGGAGAGAAGCCGCUGGACCAUGCCAAUGUUCCCGCCUCCUACAAGGGCGACUUCCUUUAUGAUUGCAGCGUGGCAAUGGCGGGCGUGGGGAUGCUCAAUGUGCGCGAGGAGAACAAAGUGAAGCUGUUCUCCGUGGAGAAGGACAGCAACAACAUAUCCAAGUUCCUCAACCGUAUCCUCGGCUGCCGCGUGGAGGUGCAGAACGCCCUGUUCAAGUUCUUUCUGGAUAAGAUGUACUCUCUGAUCCUGCAGAUGAAGCGCAAGGGUCACUUUGAUCUGGGCAUUCUCGAUCUCGACGCUCACGGGGCUUGUGUGAAGUCCGUCAAGCUGAUGAGGUUUGUCCGGAAGCAUGCCACUGGCACUGCGGCCACCGAGCUGCAUACCGUGACUGUGGAGCGGGGCAUGUCCUACGAGACGGCCUUGGCGAAGUACCGCAAAGAGGGUCGCCACGACCACGACGGAUUCUACGUGCUGCAGCAGCUGCGGCACAACAAGAACUCUGCUAUUCUGUGCCUGCACGCCAAGUCCAAUGCGCCGGAGGGAGCCGCCAAUUCCUCUCCCAGCAAAAUCAGUCUGCAGCUCUACCGCCCCAACACUGGGCCCCAGGUGCGCCUGGAGACGCUCGGCUCCAUCUUAACGCGCUACGAGAAGGUGGAGCCAGAGGCAGCCCGUGACUUUUGGCAGCAGCAACAUGAUUUGUGCCUGGACAAGUGCUCGCACGUCUAUUGGAACGGUGCCUGCCCCUUUGCGGCUGGCUGCGAGGUGGGACUCCGCGUGCGUCCCUACCAUGUCCUUUCCGGACUCAUGUUGCCCAUUUGGGACCGGAUCGAGGUGAUUCUCGAAAAGAGCGGCCACAAGAUCCAGAUCAUACGCGUCAAGACCGAUGUGAACAAGAAAAUCGUGGGCACCGUGGUGCCGCACGGCGUCUACGAUGCCCUGGUGGCCGAUUUGUCCGCCGACUCCAUCGUGGAGAGCCAUUAAUAUGAGGACGCUACUGGAUAUGGCGAGGGCAUCCAUACCAUCCCAUGCCGGGUCCCGCCUUUAGCCGGUUUCUAUUGCCACUUUAAAAAUAUCAACUCAAAUCGUGGCAUUCACUGCAAUACACAUGCCGUAAGCUUUCCCUUCUCAAAAAUGCCAGGCACGCUCCACCAGCCGUCGAGGAGCAGGGACAUGGAGCAGCUCCCGGUCAUAAACAAUGGCCACAAAAGCACAUACGGGCAGACACUUACAGCCCGUCUGCGUGCGUAUGUGAUUCAUACGUAUUGUAGCGAGGGCUGCUACACGUACACUUGGAAAAUUUAUCUGCUCAUUCUGGGUUAGCUUACAAAAAAACACAAAUUUAUUAUUUAAUUAUCUUAAAUUUAUAAUUCAAUUCAGAAACCCCGUUGUUCUCGUUAAUCGUUAAAUAACUUGUUUAUAAUUUAAAUAUUAUUUUGACAUGUCCAAUAUCGGGUACUCCUUUUAUACAUCAAAUUAUUAAAUAAAAAACACUUCA